CUAGUGCGAAAUUUAGCAUACCCCAAAGAUGCUGAUUCAUUUUCGUAUGUGGAGCUGGUUUCAUUACUCGAUAAUCAUUUUAAGCCAAAGAAGUGUUCAUAUACCGACAAGGCUCGUUUUUAUGGGGCUACGAGAACACCAGGCGAAUCAUUAGGAGACUGGGCGGCGCGACUUAGGGGGUUGGCAAAUUAUUGCGAAUUCGGCGCGGCUUUGGAAACGAACCUUACGGAUCGUUUUGUCCUAGGCCUGGGCUCAGGUCCAGCACGAGAUAAGCUGUACGAGCAGGACCCAUCAAAAAUGAAAAUCGAUCGAGCGUUAGAAAUAGCCCAGCAGGCAGAGAGUGCGAGGGAGGCUAAGUUCAUGGAAGCUAGUGUUAAGGAAGAACCUGUGUACCGUGCCUCCUUCACGCUCGACGAUAGACGUGAAGCUAAUCGACGAGCGCGGACGAGUGAGCCAAGCAGUGGUUAUUCAGGGCAGCGGCAGCGGUCCCACCUUGGUGAUGGUCAAUCAGUUCGCGGGCAGCAACCACGUCGUGACUUUCCAAGGUGCUCGGUUUGCGGGUUAAGAAACCACGAUGAAGAGAAGUGCCGUUACAAGGGCUAUCGCUGUCAGAACUGCGGUGAAAAGGGACAUUUAAAAAAAGUGUGUGACAAAAAUGUGCAGAUCAAUAAUAUUUGUGAUGACCACGAUAAAGGUGUCGGCCACAUUCCGGAUCCUGACCAUUGUGAGGAAUGUCAUAAUUAUAGUUUAAAGUACGUGUCUGAUAAACCGAUUAAUUUAAAAUUAUUGCUAGGUGGCAAGAGCAUAACAAUGGAGUUAGAUUCUGGUUCUGGGACAUCAGUGAUAUCAAAAUCAUUAUACGAUACAUUGUUUUCGAAGUACAAGUUAAAUAAAUGUAACAUCAAAAUGUGCCUUUAUAACGGACAUAAAAUUUCACCGGAAGGGUAUUUUGAUAUCGAGGCAAAUUUUAAUCAACAACAAAAAAACUUAAAAUUAUUUGUUAUUAAAAACGGUGGCCCUCCACUUCUCGGUCGAGAUUUUAUGUCCGCCUUCGGUGUAACGUUUACCACGGGUCUUCAUAACAUUUGUUAUACCGAUAAAGAUGUUCAAAGUUUGCUAGAACAAUUUCCAGAUCUGUGGCGUGACGAAUUAGGGUCAUUCACAAAAUUUCAGGUCGAUUUAAAAUUAAAAGAGGAUGCUGUACCAAAGUUUUUCAAACCUCGAACGGUACCAUUCGCGCUCAAAGCUAAGGUAGAAGCCGAGUUGGAUAGGUUAGUGCGCUUGGGGAUAUUAGUUCCUAUUAAUCAUUCGAAAUACGCCACCCCCAUAGUGCCAAUUCUCAAAAAUAAUGGUACAGUUAAAAUAGCCG